AAACCCUAUAGCAUCUAUAACGCUAAGGAGAAAUGGUUUAUUGUUGCGGUGACCGCAUUUGCCGCUAUGUUCAGCCCUCUGACGGCGAACAUCUACUUCCCAGCGAUACCUACCAUUGCUGCAGCUUUCAAGGAACCUGUAGAGUUGAUCAACUUGACCGUCACCGUAUACAUGGUCGUCCAAGGAAUCUCACCCAUGCUUUGGGGCACCAUGUCUGACCGAUGGGGAAGACGUCCGAUGUUCGUUGGUUGCAUGAUCGUACUAUCGUUAUCAUGUGUCGGACUCGCGCUCGUGCCCACAGACGCCUACUGGGGUCUCAUGCUCCUCCGGUGCUUGCAGGCACUGGGGUCUGCCAGCACAAUAGCACUCGGCGCAGGAGUAAUUGCGGACAUUGCUGCGCCGGCGGAACGGGGCAGCUACUUUGGAAUGUGGAACAUCGGCCCGAUGGUUGGUCCAUGUGUGGGUCCGGUACUGGGUGGUGUCCUGGCAGAUAAACUGGGAUGGAGGUCUAUCUUCUGGUUCUUGAUGAUCUCCUCCGCAGUCUGCGCGGUGGUUAUGAUUCUCUUGCUUCCGGAGACGCUUCGUGCUAUUUGUGGCGAUGGAAGUGUACCUCCACCGAAGGCGUACAUGCCCAUCAUCCCGAUCAUCGGAAGGAAGAAGCAGGAGCCGGACUACUCAACUAGAGGGUCUCGCAGGGGCUUCGCGAACCCACUUCUACUGUUCCUCUACCCCGACGUGGUGCUCAUACUCUUCUUCAACGCGCUCGUAUACUCAGAGUUCUAUGCCGUCACCGCGACCAUCUCGACGCUCUUCCUGGAUACCUACCCGUUCCUGAACGAGACGGACGCCGGGCUCUGCUUUCUCGGCAUCGGCGGCGGCAUGCUCGUCGGUGGGGUUGCUAUGGGCAAGUUGCUCGACGCAGACUACCAGCGCGUGAAGAGGAAGAUCAUCCGUAAAAUGGAGCAGGAUCCCGAGAACAAGCUGAACGCUGCGGAUGCCACCAAGGACGAAUACUUUCCCAUUGAGUACGCUCGCCUUCGGACGGUACCUGCCUUCUUCGCCGUCUUCGUGAUCGCCUGCAUCGGUUACGGCUGGUGCCUGCAUUCCUCUGUCAACAUCGCGGGUCCUCUCAUUCUGCAGAUCAUCAUCGGCUGGGUCACCGUGUCCCUUAUGAACGGUGCUCAAACACUCAUCAUCGACCUAGCGCCACAGCACGGCUCUGCUAUCACGGCAUGCAACAACCUGGUCCGCUGCAGCCUGGGUGCUGUGUAUGUUUCUGUGAUUGACCUCAUUCUGAAGCGUCUUGGGACCGGGUGGACAUACGUCCUUCUUUCUGGCAUCUGUAUCGUCUUCUCGCCGACCUACUGGAUUCUGAUCAAGUAUGGGCCCAGAUGGAGGGCCCAACGGCGUGCUCGC